AUGGGAAGCUCCAAUCCGGGAAUGAAUCAAGGGACUACGAAAGUUGCACUUAGAAAGAAUUCUCUAAUGCAAAACCCCGAACAUUCAAUGGAAUCGGCGAAGCAUUGGAUUGAAAAGACCAAGUCUGUCUUUGAAAUCUGCGAAUGUUUGGAAGAAAGCAAUGUGAAGUUCGCAGCCUGCACAUUUGUUGACCAAGCCCUAUCCUGGUGGGAUGUUCAUAUAAAGGCCAUGACUUUGCCGGUCGCAAACGCUAUGCCUUGGGAAGAACUUAAGGAGAUGUUGAUGGUAGAGUAUUGUCCCCAUGGUGAAGUACAGAAACAAGAAAAAGAGUUAUGGAACCUCACAGUGGAAAACUCAGGCAUCGAGGCUUACAUUUCCAGAUUCAGUGAGUUAGCACUUCUGUGCCCGGGUAUGAUCACUUCAGAGGGAAAGAAGAUCAAACAGUUCAUUUGGGGGCUAACACCUCCACUUCAAGGAAACAUGAUUGCAGCAAACCUUGAGACUUUUGACAAUGCAAAACGGGUAGCUCAAAAGCUUUAUGAUCUCGACAACGAGAAAGGUACCAAAAUUGCUGAGACUAAGGCCAAGAAGGAAGGGAAUAACUAG